GACGCGCGCUUCGCAGAGAACAAAGGAGCAGACCAAAUCGCGUGUUUUCGCCGGCACUGUCGCCUCAAUAAUCACCAAUAAUCACGGAAUACUCAAUUAAACACUCGAUGUCAACCCUUAAUCACUCAGAAUAAAUAAAUAUCGAUUGAUUGUUGAUAAAUUGUGCCAUAAGAUGAAGAAUUGCUGCAUUUGCAACGCCGAGGGGUCACGCUACAAGUGUCCGACGUGCACACAACCCUAUUGUUCGGCUUCCUGUUGCAAAUCACACAAGUCCACACCCUGUUCGCCCCCUGAAUCAUCAGAAAAGUGUCGAGAUGACGAGAAAAAGCCCCAAAAAUAUGAAUUCCCAACAGAAGACACUGUCCCCCUAAAAAAACUUGAAUUAUUACGUGAAAGUGAAGAAGUGAAAGAGUGCCUGAGGAAUCCCCACGUGAGGGACAUUGCCAGGGCGAUCCUCAAUGACCCAGACCCCACAAAAACCAUAGCCCUAGCAAUGACUGAACCCAUUUUCGUUGAACUCGCUGAUGCUUGUCUGAAGGUCGUUGAGCCUGAGAACAAUCCCACGUAGCAACGACGAUUUUUAAAAAGUACAUAACAAUAUUUUAUCAGAUGUCAUUAAAUAUUUUUCAUGAAAGAGAAAAAAAAUCUA